AUGCAACCCCCACAGACUCCACAAGCUCCAUCGAGCGAUUCCACCAACACCAGCGCCGUCCAGUACAGAUGCUUCGUUAUAAUCCCCCUCGCUGACGAAUCCAUUCGCUUAUACCAGACCAACCACCACCUUGCAUUCCUGCUCAGCACAAUCAGGGACACCGUGGACAACGAGUAUCCCUACGUUGACAUUGUCGGCGGUGAGUGUUUUCUACCCCCACAGACUAUAUCCAUCACUGUCAGCAGUCCUGGGCGGUUGGAUCCUGUUCUGGAUCGCGAAGCUAUAUUGAAUCAUGCAAGCCAGGUGAUCGCCGCGUGGUUGGAGCAGUACAUCCGGCGUGGAGAAAUCGUGCCUGCUCUGAGGCGCAUUGUAGAUGAAAUUUUGAGAAUGACUGGAAGCAGAGGUCAGCGUGGUGACUUGCACCGCUAG